UUAUAAAUAAUUUUCCGACGGACUCGCAUUUAGCAACGUGCCGUUAGCUGAUCAAGAUCGCCAGUUUUCCGGUGCGUUCGAAACGAAAAUAAAAUAAAAGAAACAAACACCACCUUCAACGAAUUGGCAUACAUUUAGUGCCGAGCAAAAUGUCGGGCGAUGUGCAGCCGCGAAAGCGAAAGGAUAAGCGCAGAAAACGCGAUGACGACGAAUCUUCGCACGGCGUUCAUAUUACAAAGAUGGGAAACGAAGAUGUGCACCUGCAUGUGCAGCACGAGCACGGAACCGGCGGUCACUGGUGUGCCAAGAUCAUAUUCUUUGCCCUGAUGGCCGUCCUCCUGGGACUGGUGGGUCUGAUCAUCAUGGAGAACCGCGGCCUGGAAGAUUUGGACACUCCUUUGUCCGAGUCACGUUUCUCGAACUACUUUGAUGGCUGGGUGGAUGAGCACCGCGUGGAGCAUGAGGGGCACGAUCCGCAUGAACCUUCGGGAGAGGCACUGGAUGAUCAUGACGAUCACGACGACCAUGACGAUCAUGACGACCACGAUGAUCAUGAAGAGGAAGAGGAGCCUCUCUCCGAAGAAUUAGAAGAAGAGGAGGGGGAUCACGCCGAUGAUGAGGAUGAGGAGCCGGAAGCCGACGAAGAUGUUCAAGAAAAAGACGAGGAGGAUGAAGAAGAGAACAAUGCCGGCGAAAAUAUAACUGCCGAAGAUGGUGAGGACGAAGAGGAGGAAGACAUCGAAGAACGCACUGUCGAGGCCACUGUCGAAGCAACCACGGAAGCCACUGCCGAAUACGAAGCUGACGAGGAUGAGGAUGAAGAAGAGGAAGCUGAUGACAAUGUCGUAGACUCCACAGAGGCCCCUCAGUCGGCAGCUGAUGAGCAGGAAGAUGAGGACUUGGAAGAACCUCCUUCAAAUGUUGAUGAGGAUGAAGAGGACGAGGAAGAACAGGAGGUGGAGGAGUCUGUCGAACCCCCCAGAUCCCAAUCAGCAGCUCAGAGUGCUCCCACAGAUGACAACGAUGAAGAUGAUGAGCAAGACAACAAGGAUGAUGACGACGAGGAUGACUUUGAGUCCCUCGAUCAGCAAUUUGAGAAUGAUGAUCCCGAGGAGGUGGAGCCUGCAAAGAAGCUAGAUAGCCAGGAGGAGCAGGAGCAGGAGCAAGAUCAAGACGAUGAAGAGGAGCCCAAAGAAGAGGGCUCCUCUUGGUUGGCAUCACUUGCCGUUAAAUUUGGCGUUGGCGUUGCACUUGCCUUAGUUUCACGCCUUGUAUUGAUACGGAAAAGUCCAAAUACAACAGAUGAUGAGCCCGCACCGGAAGCUGUGAUGCGACGCAGAUUGACCAUAGCCACGGCCGAGGAUCAGAUACCGGACGAUGUGGAGGAGCUGCCCCUGCUGGACGAUGAAUACUCCGAAGAAGAAAUCGAAAUCGAAGAGGAGAUCGAAGUGGAGAUCAGCGAUAUCGAGGAGGAGGAGGAUGCUGUUCACGAUAGUGACGAUAAUGUGGCCUCCAUGGCCAGUUAUGUGCCCGAGACCUUUGAGCAGCUGAGCGCCCUAUACAAGUACGCCCAGGAGCCAGCAAAGGAAGGCAAACCAGAGACGAAGGAGAAGGAUAAAGAGAAAGAUGAGGAGAAGGAAAAGGAGCCGGAACCACAAGCCGGUCCCAGCGAUAUCUAUGUGGAAUACGAGGACGGAGACAUUGAAGACUACGAACACGAAGAGGACGACUGCGACGAGGAUAUCACCGACGAGGAGGACGAGAUCUCAGACGUGGAUGACACCGAUCUGAUGAGCCGACUGGAGGCAAAGUAUGGUCGCCUGCCGUCAAAGGAGUAUGAAAGCGAUCCCGACUCCGACGAUCCCAGCUGGACACAAAUCAAACCAAAAGAAACUCCCGCCGCCGCUCCGGCUGCAGAGAAAGAGGAUCCUUUCGAGCAGGAGCUGCGCAAAGCCAACGAAGAGAUGAUCCGGGAGAACCAUGCCCAAGCCCUGCGUUCCUUUAACACGCUCACACAACACUACGCCCACGAGCCCCUGGCCCAUCUGGGCAAAGCCCGAGUCCUGGAAAUAUUGGCCAAGGCGGAGCGCAGCAAUCAGCGCGUUCUGGAGGCCAUUGAAGCCUACAAGAGAUACCUGGCCUUUGGCGAGCUAGUAACCAGCGAUCAGGAGUUUACGGCUGCCGGGAAUAAGUGCAUCGAGCAUUUGCGGUUUAUGGGUUUCUUGCAGCAGGCAGUGAACAUCCACGAGCUGCUCAUCGAACGCCUGCCCAGAGAUACAAAGCUGCGCAACCAACUCUCUUUCACCCACCUCAUGGCCAAUAACCUGCGGCAGGUGGAAAAAGUGGCAGCUGAAACCCUGCAGCUUUGGCCAGCUGAUGCCGUGGCCCAACUCCACUUUGGCCUGGCCCUCAUGAACCUUCACAGCGACUAUGCCCAGGCGCAGCCUUAUCUUCAAUAUGCCGUGGAGUCUCAGGCCGAGGGCACCCAGGAGGCCUACUUCUAUCUCUCGUUGGGUGAGAGCCUGCAGCGGCUGUCCCGGCAAUCGGAGGCUCUCGAAGUGUAUGGUAAGGGAGUGGCCAAGGGAUUCUUUGCCAGCCUCUAUCAAAGAUCGCUGUACAAUGAGCCCAGGCUAAGGGCCAAACCCUUUUGGCAGCCCCGUGAGACGGGUUAUGAACGACAGCUGGAGAGACUGCAGCUCGACUGGCGCUCCAUUCGGGAUGAGGCUCUGGCGCUGCUAGGCAGAGGUGGAAGUUACUUUGCAGAUGAGGCGGAGAGGCUGCGCGACAAGGGCGUCUGGCAGCAGUACGAGUUGUAUGCCCAGGGUCGCCAAGUGAAGGACAACUGCCGCAGGACACCUAUCACCUGUAACCUGCUGCAGCAAUUUCCUGCCUCCGCGGGCUGUCGACGCGGCCAGGUGAAGUUUAGUGUGAUGCAGGCCCAGACGCAUGUGUGGCCACAUUGCGGACCCACCAAUUGCCGCCUGCGGGCGCACCUCACGCUGGUGGCACCCGAGCCGGAGAAAACCUCUUUACGAGUGGCCGAGCAAGAAAGAACCUGGCGUGAGGGCGAGCUCUUCAUCUUCGACGACAGUUUCGAGCACGAAGUGUGGCACAAUGGAAGUCACGCCCGCCUGGUGCUCAUCCUGGACAUGUGGCAUCCGGACUUGACUGCCGCCCAGCGUGGCAGCUUGUCGCCUAUCUGAUGUGGCCUCUACUUAACUCUGACGGUUAACGGUUCCGGUUCCUAGGCCUGUAAUUUAGAUCAAUUUCCCCUCAUCGUAUCGUUCAUUGUUGGUCGAUUCUCGACAUAAAGUUAUAUAUAUAGACAUUUUAAUGUGUAAUUGCAGCUAUCUUAAUCGUUAAGUUCGGUUUGAAUGCGUGUUUAGGCUAAAUAGAAGCCACCUUCUCUCUCUGUGUAUAUCAUAUGCGAUCAUCAGCCGUGGUUGGCAGCGCGUACCUGCGCUUUUGUACUUUAAAUACAGAAAUUACAACCUCUUAGGAUUCGAAAA